ACUGGUUUCUGAAGUCUUUAACGACGAGGGAGUAACAAACUUGACGUCUGUGUAUUCUCACCUAAGCGUAGCGGACGUCUCUGUGCUUGCUCUCAUCUCUGGAUCCUCUGCAUCACAGUCAAUAUGUUUCUGGCUAAAAGACUCAUUGGUGGAAUUCUGGAUGUUGUAAGCAACAUCGAUCCCUCCCAGUUUGUUCCCUCUGAUCCCCCUCCACCCCAAAGACCGCUGGCUUACGCUGAGCAACAUGAGAACGAGGAGGAGAGACAGUUUCGCAAAGUGUUCCAUCAGCUUGCAGGGGAUGAUAUGGAGGUGAGCCCCAAUGAACUGAUGAACAUCCUCAACAAGAUUAUCUCUAAACAUGGCGACCUCAAGACAGACGGUUUCAGCAUCGAGUCCUGCAGAAGUAUGGUGGCAGUAAUGGAUAGUGACUCUACUGGAAAGCUGGGGUUUCAUGAGUUCAAGUAUCUGUGGAAUAAUAUCAAGAGGUGGCAGGGGAUUUACAAGUCGUAUGAUCGGGAUCACUCCGGGUUCAUUAGCUCUGAUGAGCUGCCUGGUGCUUUCAAGGCAGCUGGCUUCCCUCUCAACGACCAGCUCUUCCAGAUGAUCAUUCGGCGAUACAGCGACGAGAACGGCAACAUGGAUUUUGACAACUUCAUCGGAUGCCUGGUGCGACUGGAUGCCAUGUGCCGUGCUUUCAAGACACUUGACAAGGACAACAAUGGCUCUAUCAAGGUCAACAUUCAGGAAUGGUUGCAGUUGACCAUGUACUCCUAAAUCCAGAGGAAUCAGCUGUAUCUUCUCCGUUAAGUCUUUCACCGAAGAACUUUGUUGGAGCAAAACGUUUCUCCCUUUGUCAUGUUUUUAUGUACUUACAAGAUCGCUUGUCCCGUCAGUUUUAGCCCAUGUAAAUAUUAUCAGCUAAUUGGCAAGGUCAAGAAGAUACAGUACAUUUUCACCAGGUGGCAGCUUUGAGACAAUGCUUGAAUACACUACACUUUGUACACAAAACACUCUCCUGUCACUUAAAUUUGUGUGUUCUAAAGUAGAAGUGUUUUGUUUGAAUGAGUUGAUACCAGUGAACACCAAAGAACAUUAUUUUAGAGGAUCCUCUUACUUGGGGGUGAUAUAACUGAUUUGAUUUUUGUAGUCCUAAAGAUUGUCCUCCUAGUCUUGAAGGAAGAAGAAAUGUCACAUUGGAAGUGGAUGGAGGUCAUUAAAUCCAAAA